AUGAUCUUUACGAACGCCAUUCUGGUGCUUAGCACCUUGCUCCCUGCUACUGUCCUCUCCUUUGAACACAUAGAGGACUCUCUCUUCCCCGCCAGAUGUUGGCCCGACCCCUGCGCCGGCAUCACCUUCAAGAACGACACCUACGUCUGCGGAGACCCGCGCCUCGGCCCCGUCGUCCCACCCCGGAAAUUCCCUCUGCGUAACGAGUUACGCACCUACGCGCGGUUCGGCGCUCUCUGUCCCGCCGAAUUCCUCGACAAAUGGGCCACCGACGUCGCUCCAAACGGGACAUACAUCUACCCGCCCGCCAACGGCUUCGUUGUCGACACAGAGAAGCACCCAAUCCUCGGCAACGCGACCCUACCGGUUGGCAUGAAGCUCGACCGCUUCGGGUCAGAGUACGGCACUUUCCUGGCGCCGCUGGGAGCACCGUAUAUCGAGCGCUCGCUGCCGCCGAGUAACCUCAACACGUUUGGCGGGGAUUACCCGUACAAUUACCACGUGUACCAGGUGACCAAGGAGUUUGUUGUUGGGCUGGGGCCCAUUGCGCCUUGGUUUGAGCAGCCUGGGAUGGGGACGCAGUUUGUGACCUAUACCAAUGUGCUGGGGUUGAUUAAUGGGAGGUUCUUGAGACGGUUGAAUGAGAGCGAGUAUGAUGAGAAGGUGGAAUAUUCGAAUCCGUAUACUCCGGGGCCAAAUCAGUAA